AUGAACAUGUUCUCACAGCUCGCCUUCUGGAAAACUUACUUCACUCCAGACCGAUACUCCAUCGCUCAGAUCCCAGACCUGACCGGAAAGGUAGCCAUCGUCACCGGUGCCAACACCGGGCUAGGAUACACUACCAUGGUCGCCCUAGCUGGUCGAGGCGCCCAUGUCUUCCUGGCUUGUCGUUCUCAAAAGCGCGCCUUUGCUGCCAUCGACUCUGCCCUCCCCGAGAUCCGAUCCAAGUAUCCGUCGUUGACCACUGCGCCAAAGUUAGAGUUCCUGGAGUUGGAUCUGAUGGAUGUCAACAAAACCCAGCAGGCUGCGAAGGAGUUUUUGAGGAAAGGGUUGCCGUUGCAUAUUCUGGUCUGUAAUGCGGGGGGUCGGGUGGUGCCGUUCGAGUUGAGUGCUGAUGGGAUCGAGUCCACGUUUGCUGUCAACCACAUAGGCCAUUUCGUCUUCACAAUAACCCUCCUCGACCGCCUCAAGAUCUCCCAACCCUCCCGAGUCGUCAUGAUUUCCUCCAUCGCCCAUGAGGCUUUCCCACCACGCGUCGGCAUCGACUUUGACACCCUCAACGACUCGACAAAGACGACCGACCUCAGUCGUUACGGUCGGUCCAAACUCGCGAACGUGCUCUUCGCAAAGGCCCUCGCUCGUCGAGUCGCAAGCUACAAUGUCUAUGUCAAUGCUUGUCACCCCGGUUUCAUUCCCCAAUUCCUGGUGCCUCAGGAUGACAGCUGGAAAGAGUGGUUUGAUUGUAUUGUAAAGAGGGCCGUUGCGUUGACGGCGGAGGAGGCGGCGUUGACACAGUUGUACCUUGCGACUAGUCCUGAGAUCGAGGAGCGAGAUGUGAGAGGGAAGUAUUUCAUUCCUGUUGCCAAUGAGAUCGAACCAACUGCUCUGGCUAGAAACGAACAACUCCAAGAGAAGCUGUGGACAUUCAGCGAAGACAUUGUCCGAGUGAAGAUCAAGGCGUAG